AUGAACAGCGAUCAUUUUGAGAAGCAUAACUCAAACAAACACAAGGGUCUCGGCACCUCAAAAGUUGUGGUUGAUCUGGCUCAAACAACGCUUCAAUUUUGCAACAAUAUACAUGGAAAGGUAAAAAUAAAUUCCCUUAUGGCUGAUACCGCUAUGGUUUUAACGGGAACUAAUUACAAUCUGUUGUUAAUUUCAGAAAGAGUUACUUCCAGUUUCAGUAGCUACAGUUACCGACAACACUAUAAAUCGCCAGUCCGAAGAGUCAUUCAGUGAUACAGUUUUAGAACACCAGGAGGAUGUAUUUCAAAAGGUAAAUAAAGUUUAAACAAGAAUUAGGAAAUUUUAUUUCGAAUUUAUAAGAAUAUAACUAAAUUUUGUUAUUAUAAAUUUGAAUACCGUCAUUAUACACAGGAAGUUCAAAUUGAACAUGUUGAUGAAGAUGAAGUAUUGAUGCACGGAGAAUUAGUCCUUGAAUUUGAUCAUCAUGAAACGGCAGUUCAUAACAUAUGUAAUGACGAAAGAGGUGAUGAGUGUAAUACAACGGUGUCUUAUGACGAUGUGAACCAGGCACAGGCAGUAUCAACAAUAUUGUCAAUUUCAGAAUCAGAGGAAGAAGAGGUGAUUGUAAUUCUACUUGUAAUAGACGUUACACUUACAUGGAGUGCUAGUUUCAUGGAACUUUUUCAAAUGUUGUUUUUGAUAUUUUUUAAACUUUACCGCAUAAAAAAGUACGGAAAAUAUCUGGUAUAAUUCCAAAUUAUUUCCAACCUGCUUAGAAACUCGCAAAAAACGUUAUCUAUAUUUUUCUUACAAUCUUACAUGCUAUAUGUAUAGCUCACUCUUUUAACUAAUCCUCAUUGCCGCCUUAUACACUACAUUUAUCUUUUACUGACAACAGAUUGACACUGACAGUGAAACAAUUAACACAAAUUAUGGUAGAGCACGCGAUGAUCCUGACAUACAAGUCUCAGAUGAUCCAGAGAUUCCUUGGAUAGUGCAUGCAGCAGAAAUCAAGCGAUUAGUAGAUUACUCUCACCAGUGCGAUAGUAUUAUAACAAAAGCUUUAUCAUCUGAGGUUAUUUACCCUGAAGAACUGUUGACGGAUGUACUUGAGGCAAUUUCAAAAGUAAGAGAACAUUCAACAAAUAUGGAGAAAAACUGUGCAACUACGCUUCACAAAAUUCGUGAAAUAACCUAG